CGUGGAAGCUGACGACGAUGAAGAGGGAGAAGACGUCCCGUGCGCUCCUGUUGGAACCUGCGGGAUCUCCACUCCAAGUCAAAGGGGCAACAAUGAGCAUAAUAGUCACGAAUAAAGAAAAUAUAAUAGUCCGAAUGGCAUUGUGUCUGAAUAUCAAGUCCAUGCGUGGAAAGAGUGCUUUGAUUCCAAACAGCUUCGGCAUAUUGUCCCCAAAGUGCUGUGACUGCCGCUCCUGGGGAGUGAGCGUUGGAUCAAUGUGGUUGGGGUCUACCAGGGACGCCGUGUUGUUGGUCGAGGAACCUGAGCACUGGAACAUCAGGAAUGCGUCUCGGUAUUUGAAACUCGAUGUGGACGUAUUGAAAUCAGCCAGACUCGAAUAUUCCUUGGUGUACCACGAUUAUAAGGACCAAACAGAGUCCAAUCAAGAUUUAGAGAGAAAGUGGUAA